UAAAGUACGUAGAAAUACGUUUUAUGUUUUUUUUUUUAUUUGUGUCGGUGAAUGUUUAUAAUUUUUUAUUUGUUAAAGAAAUAAUGUAUGGUUUAUUGAACAAAGUGUCAUCAAUAAUAGACAAAAAAAAUAUGAUAGGUUAUGUUAAUAUCAAUUUUACGAUGUAAUAAUUGCAAGAAAAAAAAACUGAAAUUUUAAAAUAUAACCUCAAAGUUAGAAUGUAAAUUCUGUUUACACAAUUUUUUUUAUAAUUCUAUACGUCUUAUUAAGUUAAUUAGAUCUUUGAUUUGCUUUUUUAUAUUUGUCAUUUUAUCGAGAGGCACUUGUUAUUGCUUUUAUUUCUUCAAGUAAAUAAAAUUUAUUUUUUUGACGGCUACAGAAUAUAUUUUUAUCACUCUUUUUGAUGAAUUAAAAUUAAUAUUACAAAAAUUUAAUUAACAAAAGAAUGAGUUCACCUAUUGAAAAACCGGAUUUGUUUGCUACAACAGCAUUAACACUCUUGCAAAAGGAAUCAUAUUUAACAAGUGGUUGUUCAAAAAUUGAUUCUGCUUUGAGAGGAGGAUUUUCUCGAAAAGGAAUAACACAAUUUUAUGGACAAGCUGGAACUGGAAAAACUCAAAUUGCUCUUCAAUUGUGUCUCACUGUUCAAAUACCGACAAAGCCUCAAAAUGAACCUUCUGGUGCUAUAUACAUUUGUACGGAAGCUGUUUUUCCAUCACAACGUUUAAACGAAUUAUUAAUGAAAUCACACAUUGCCAAGAAAUAUUAUAUUACUGGUGAUAUAAUAUUUGUCGAACAUGUUCCCAUAAUGGAGAAACUAGAGGAAUGUAUUUGCGUAAAAGUUCCCUUUCUCAUGCAACGUCGAAAAAUAGGAUUAUUAAUUAUCGAUUCAAUUGCAGCACCUUAUAGAGUUGAAUAUGACGAUAAAUUGUUAAAAACAAGAGCUAAAAGUUUACGAAAAAUUGGUGAACAAUUACAUUCUAUUUCCAGGGAAUAUAAUAUACCUAUUAUUUGUAUUAAUCAGGUAUCGGCUUUGAUAAAUAAUGAAUCAUUGGGAAUAAAUGAAAACGAUGAGAUACCAACUUUGGGAAUUGUUUGGUCAAAUUUAAUUAAUCAUUCAUUUCAUUUAUCCAAAAAUAAUAAUCGACGAUUUAUGCAUUUUAUGCAUUCUUCAUAUUUACCGAAAAAAACUGUUGAAUAUGAAAUUCGGGACAUUGGAGUGGUCGGUGUGUAAAUUUUAAAAAUAUGGAAAAUUUAUUUUUUAUUUUUUUUUCCAGUAUUUAUUAUU